AGGCCCCAGAACCUGUUCUCCCUCUUACUGACAUACAGCACAGCCAACAACCUGGGGCUUCUUCCAUUCAUCCAGCUCAGAAAACGGUUUUUCACCACUACGUCUUACUGCAAGUCCUGGUGGGAUGUGUAUCAGCACACUGUAAGAUCACGGGUGAUGGAGCCAAGUCCUUCCUUCUCCUACUGGGGGCGCUUCUGCGGGGUAUCCACGGCGACCAUCUCCACGGCAUUCAGGCCCGCCGCGUGGCUCACAUUCUGCUGUCCUUCCAGACGCUCGUUUUGGAUGGCGUGAUCGGGCAGGGCCUCGCCCCUCGCGCCCUGUCCCUUCUCCAGGACCCCGCCCACCUGCGCCCGCUCACGGACGCCUACUUCCGGGGCGAGCUCCCACUGGGGGGUCCUGAGCCAGACGGCCUGCGAGUUCUACCGCAGGUGGCGGUGUGAGCAGGACUGCACCGGCGUGACCCUGAUCGCCCGCCACUUCGCCGCGCUCCACACGCCCGUACCAGGCCUGCCCGUGAGCCGGUCCCGGGUCCUCUAGGGCCUGGUGAUCCACAGAGACUUGCGGGGCGUUGCCCUGGCGACGGGCCGCUCCGAGCGCUGGCCACAAGCGUGCCGCUCCAGUCCUCUCUGGCGCCCCCUGGCGUCUCUCUGAACCUGGCGAGCGCGGCGCAGGCGCAGAGGUGCUGCGGCGGGGUGGGCGGGAGGGCAGAGCGGGGCGUGGCCUGCCUGCGCAGGCUGAGGGUGGGGCUGCUGCUCUCGGCAGCGAAGCAGUCGGAGCUGGCGCUGGACCUCGCUCGGCGGGCCGGCCUGUCCGUGGUGGAGUGCGUGGACAGUGACGAGCUGGCGCUGUUCUGUCGGCUGGUGGGGGCAGAGCUCUUUGCCGACCCCGGUGACUGGAGCCUGAUUGGAGAGGAGCACGUUGCCACGGUGACAUUCUGCAAGCCCGUGGUGCUGGGUCCCGACAGGUUGGCCCACGUGGGCUUCCCAGAGGGGCGGGGCUUGGCACCGCACUGCCUGGUUCUGUGCGGGCCCAGUCCCGGCCUGGCGGAGCAGUGCAGCACGGCCUUCUGCGGACUGUUCCGGAUGCUUCAGCGCGUGUACGAGCCUGUCCUGUCGUGUCACGCACAGGGUCCUGUCCAAUCACAUCACCCGCAGGGCAGGGAGGAGGACAGUGAGAACGUAGCUCAUUACAUGGUCAAACAACCCGGCCUACACAAUGGCACAAGGUUAGAUAGAGCACCCGCCAGCAUGAGGGACAAUGUCCACCUGAGCACUGACAGCACAGAGGCUGGAGGGCCACAGGCCUUUAUUGGGGACCCAAACAGGGGUGAGGGGCCACAGGCCCUUAUUAGGGACUCAAACAGGGGUGAGGGGACACAGGCCCUUAUUCGGGACCCAAACAAGGGUGAGGGGCCACUGUGUGCAGGCCAAAGCCAAAAUCCUGACAGCACAGAGCCCGAAGCAGAACCUGAACAUCCAAUUCCAGACUGGCUACGAAAUGGCAAGGCAUCAGGAGAGCGGCCAGGCGUCCAUUUUGGAGAAGGGAAAGAAGGAGCAUUGGGGACCCGUACCCGAGAAACAGGCCCCGCCUCUUCAGGUGUCCUAAUAGAGGCAGGCAGCGUGCUACCAGCAGGGGGCGUGUUUGAGUUCGUACUGCACCACUGCCUCCUGCAGCAGGCCUCCCAGCGGCGCUGCCCCGACCUGCGCGCGGCCUGCCGGCUGGUGGCGGGGGCCGUACUGAGCGUGCCCAGGCGGCUGUACCCCGGCCCACGCUUCCUGGAUGCCCAGUCAUACUUCCUCAGGGCCUCUGGGGCCGCCCCCCCCAGCUGGAGGGUUCGGGGGCUGGAGUCCCUGGCCUGUAAAUACCAGCUCCUCCUCUCCGUCCUGCACACUGUGUCAAGCCUGCUGUCCGUGGUCCUCAUCCUUCACUCCCACAUCCGCAGCCAGGCGGAACACAAUGCGCACCUGGAUUACACCUCUCUGCCCCUGUACCGGACAUUUUAUGACUACCCUCACCUUGGACCGUGA